AUGAUAACACCAUCAAAAUCAAAAUAUAUAGAAUAUUCGCCAUAUCCAAUUGAUGUAGUUCUUUUUUCACCUGUUUAUAGAGAUUUUUUUGUAGCAGGGUCAUAUUUUUUGGAAAUAAAUAAUAAAAGAGUAGGGCAUUUGUUUCUUUAUAAGAUUGAUGAUACCGAAAAAACAAUAAAUUUGGUUCAGAAUCUCGAAUGUGAAGCAAUACUUGAUAUGAAAUGGAUUCCACGUUCUCAAAAAAAACUUAUUGUUACUACUUCUAUUGGAACUUUGUCUAUUUAUGAAUUAUCAGGAUCUUAUCCUGUAUUAAACCGUAUAUGGGUUAGCGAGAUUUUUGAUCCAAAUACUUUAAUUUUGUCUAUCUCAUUAUCGAGUAUUGAUAAUCAUGGUUUAGUUUCAACUUCUACAGGAGAACUGUGUAUUUUUGAUCUAAAUUUAUUUAAAACAACGCAAAAAUGGAAAGCACAUAAUUUAGAAUGUUGGACAGCAUGUUAUAAUAUUGAUUCAACUAUUAUAUUUUCCGGCUCAGACGAUUGCACUUUUAAAAUCUGGGAUACUCGUGAAACUGCAAUGCCCUUAUUUAUAAAUACAAAAAGUCAUGCAGGAGGUGUAAUAUCUUUUAUUCCAUUCGAUAAAAAAUUAAUUACAGGUUCAUUUGAUGACUAUAUCAAGCUAUUCGACUUACGUGAACCUAAUAAGGAUGUAUGGAAAGAAAAUAUAGGCAGUGCAUGGAGACUUAUUAAACAACCUAAAAAUCAAUCUACAAUUCUCGGUUGUUUAAUGUAUGAUGGUGCAAACUUAUUUGACUUAGAUAUUUCAGGGAAUGAUAAAAUAAAAGUAAGGAAAGAAUUUAAAGAACAUGAAAGUAUAGUUUAUGCAGGAGAUUGGUAUAAUGAACAAGAAAUUAUAACAUGUAGCUUCUAUGAUAAAAAAAUAUGUUUUUGGUAA